GCCUGCCUCCCAGAUUAUAAGGGCUAUUUGGUGUUUCCCGAAAACAUUUACCCCAUUUUAUGAGGACAUGCUAUUAUGAGCUUCUUGGUGUAGAGCAAACUGCCACCCACAUCGAACUAAAAAAGGCUUAUAGGAAAAAGGCUCUGUUAUUGCAUCCUGAUAAGAACCCAGACGAUGUCGAAAACACCACUCGGCUUUUCAAUGAUGUAAGAGUGGCUUACGAGACGCUAUCCGAUCCACAGGAGAGAUCGUGGUACGACUCCCACAAGUUUCAAAUUUUGAUGGAGGACGGAGAUCGAGAUUCGGCUGCAGGGUACGACGAUGAUGGAGACAACUACAGCACAUACUACGCGGGCACAACAGUAGAAGACAUCGAGAAAUAUUUUAGCAACACCCUAUAUCAAAACUUCAACGAUUCCAUAAAUGGUUUUUAUAGUAUUGUCUCUGUGUUGUUGGAUAAAAUAGCAUCCGAAGAAGUUUCAGCUGGUAAACAGCAGAAACUACCUGGAUUCCAAGAUUUCAAAGACGACACCUCGUUUGCAACCGUGUGUGAUCCGAAAGAAUUGAUGUAUCCACGUAUGGGUAACUCUAAAACUGAUUUUGAAAUGACCAGGAUUUUUUAUAAAGUGUGGGGUAAUUUUCAGACGGUGAAAACGUUUAAUUGGAUCGAGGAAUACAGAUAUUCAACUGCUCCCGAUAGGAGAACCCGAAGAAUUAUGGAAAAGGAGAAUAAGAAGUUAAGAGACCAAGGACGAAAGGCGUAUAACGAUGUUGUGAAAAAGUAUAUAUCCUACAUCAAAAAGAUGGAUCCGAGGAUGGAUCCCGUGAUAAGGAAAAAAUAUGAAAAGCAGCAGCUUGCAUUGAAAAGACAAGAGUUGAAAAAGCAGGCACAGCUUGAGAAAGAGGAGCGCCAACGGCAGCGACAACUUUUUGAAGAACAGGAGUGGCAAACAGUUGAUCCAGAUGACCUGGCUGAAAUUGAAGCCCAACUAGAUAAGAUCCAUGAGGAAGAAAGAAAAAUUAAUGGACAAGAAGCCGAUGAUGAAGACCACGACGAAGAAAUUUAUGAAUGCAUUAUUUGUGACAAAAUCUUCAAAAGUGAAAAGCAGUUUGCGGAUCACGAAAGGUCAAAAAAACAUUUAAAAUUGCUGAAACAGCUAAAAUGGGAAAUGAAAAAAGAAGGCAUAGAGUUGGGAAUAGACAAUGAUGGAUACAUCAAUGAUAAUGGCGAAGAGAUGGAUAAUGAUGAAAGUGACGACGAAGAUUUCGAGGAUUUUGAUGAUGCUUUGGAAUCUUUGACUGAGCUGGAUGAACUCACAAAUGAAGAGUUGCAAUAUAUUAUAGAUCAACAAAUCAGCCAACAGAACGAUGACAACGCUAACGCCAACAAGAGUAAAGAUGUCGCAGAUAUUGAAACCCCUGAUCAGAGUUCCAAGAGUAUAGUUGAUGUCCAGCUUGAUGACGAUAUAGAUGAAGAAAGUCACGUUGACCCAGCUACAGCAGACCCUCAGGAAUGGAAAACAGACAAAAAACAUGAAGAACUUUCAAAACUAUUGAACGGAAUGGGAAUUGAGUCGGAUGAUUCCGAUGAUUGGGGGGGCUCAAAAUCUAAGGUGAGAACUAAGAAAGGUAAAAACAAGUCCAAAAAAGCCGGGGUCAAAGCUUCUGACAAUUCACAGGACAAUCUUUCAGUGCCAACUGAGACCGAGAAGUGCUCGGUUUGCAGUGAAUCAUUUGCAAGUAGAAACAAACUCUUCCAACAAGUCAAUUCUACAGGUCAUGCAGCUUCACCUUCCAAAGUAAAAAAGGGAAAGAAAAAAGAAAAGAGAAAGUAAUGAAACUAAAUCCUUUAUAAUAUAUACCUAGUAGAUAAGAAUAGUAUAACUAACAAAUCAAAC